AUGUCGGAGGUGCGCGCCAUGCGUCUGUCCUUCGUGGGGUACCGGCACUGGCACGCUGACCUACACCCUGACGAUUCCCCGCUGCAGGCCGGCCUUGCCUUCACCUGCAAACUGAAAGGGAACACUCCCUUCCUGGGGCGGGAGGCUCUGGAGGCACAGAAGGCUCAAGGACUGCGACGCCGCCUUGUCUGCUUCACCAUUGAUGAGAAAGUGCCUAUGUUUGGACUAGAGGCCAUCUUCAGGAAUGGAAAGCCAGUCGGUCACCUGCGUAGAGCAGACUUUGGAUUUGCCAUUGACAAGACCAUCAGCUACGGCUACAUUAGGGACCCCGAAGGCGGGACAGUCAGUCCUGAUUUUGUGAGAAGUGGGGAGUUUACAUUGGAAAGGAUGGGAAUAGUUUAUGCUGCCAAAGCCCACCUGAAGUCCCCCUUCGAUCCUGACAACAAGAGGGUGAAGGGGAUUUACUGAACUCUCCAGUGACCUGCCCUGGAAAGAUGUGCAGCUGUGAAUGCCUCGAUGCCCCCUCUCCUACAGCGGACUGGGCUGUGGC